UUGUUCUCGAGCGACCUGGCGAUCGAUCUCGGCACCGCGAAUACGUGUGUGUACGCCCUGGGCAAAGGUAUCGUCGUCAAUGAACCCUCGAUCGUGGCCAUCAACAGGGGCACCGGGCGUGUCGAGGCCGUCGGGCGUGAGGCGAAAGAGAUGUUGGGGCGUACGCCCGGCAAUAUAACCGCCAUCCAACCGAUGAAGGACGGGGUCAUCGCCGACUUCGAGACCACCGAGAGGAUGCUCGCCUACUUCAUCGAGAAGGCGCACAACCGCACCAUGUGGGUGCGCCCGCGCAUCAUAAUCGGCGUACCCGCGGAAAUCACGCAGGUGGAGAAGCGCGCGGUCAAGGACAGCGCCUACCGCGCCAAGGCGAGCGAGGUCUAUCUGAUCGAGGAGGCGAUGGCGGCUGCGAUCGGCGCCGGCAUGCCGAUUACGGAACCGUCGGGCAACAUGAUUGUGGACAUCGGCGGCGGCACCACCGACAUUGCCGUGAUCUCGCUGGCGGGCAUCGUCUACAGCAACGCGGUCCGAGUUGCCGGCAACGAGAUGGACGAGGCAAUCAUUCAGCACAUCAGGAAGACAUACAACCUCUUGAUUGGCGAACGCACCGCGGAAGCGAUCAAGAUCAAGGUGGGUUCGGCCUCUCCACUCGAUGAGCAGCUCGUGAUGGAGAUCAAGGGGCGUCACCUGAUCGAGGGGGUGCCCAAGACCAUCACGAUCACGGACGAGGAGAUUCGCGAGGCGCUGGCCGAGACCGUCAACGUCAUCAUCGACACGGUGCGGCUUGCGCUCGAACGCACGCCUCCGGAACUCUCGUCCGACCUCGUCGACCGUGGUCUGGUGUUGACCGGGGGCGGUUCGUUGCUGAUGAACCUCGACAAACGGUUGAGCGAGGAGACCGGCCUGCCGGCGGUCGUGGCGGAAGAUCCGCUGUCUUCGGUCGUGCUGGGGGCGGGCAAGAUGCUGUCAGAUUUCGGAUUGCUCCGAAAGAUCUCGAUUGACUAG